AUGCUGUCCUACAUCGAGACAUCGACUCCCCCUACCAAAGUCUUCUUCCCAUCCUUCCAGCUGCAAAUCUGCGGCGAGCUGUUUGUCCCGGAACCAGGCUCGCCCAACCGCAAAGGCGCAGCCGUUGUCAUCAGCCACCCCAUGACAGGCGUCAAGGAGCAGACGUCGACAAACUACGCCAAGACGCUCUCCAACGCGGGCUUCUUUGUGCUCAUCUUCGACGCCGGGUACCAAGGCGAGAGCAGCGGCGAGCCGCGCGGCCUGGAAGACCCCCACCAGCGCGUCGAGGACAUCAAGGCGGCGGUCAGCUACCUCACAGCAUUCGGCGGACGGAUCGACCCCGACAGGAUCGGGUUGCUGGGCAUCUGCGCCUCAGGGGGGUACGCCUCGUAUGCGACGCAGUCGGACGGUCGCAUCAAGUGUCUGGCCACGGUCAGCGCGGCGUGCGUCGGCCGCAUGACGCGCCACGGCAGCGUCCACGAGGACAAGAGGGAGAACCCGACGGCCAUCGCCACGGCCCUCGAGGCAGCCGCCCGGGCGCGGUUCAGCGCGGCCAAGAACCCGACGGCCAGGCCCGAGGCGCCCGUCAUGUUCGAGACGGACCCGGCCAAGGCGGCUGCCAACCCGGACCCCUUCUUCCGGGACGCGGCCGCUUACUACGGCUCACGACGGGGGCGGCACGAGCGGAGCACGCAGCGGGUGCCGCCGCAGACCUACGAUUUGAUGGUCAGCUACGACUCGUUCAACCUGCAGCAUCUGAUUGCCCCGCGGCCGCUUUUGAUGAUUGCGGGAUCGGAGGCGCAGACGCUGCAUUACAGCAGGACGGCCGUGGGCAUCGCCAGGGGGCCCAAGGAGCUGUUUGUGGUGCCGGGCAGGAACCACUUUGAUCUGUACGACUGCUUGAGAGAGUCCGGGCCCAAGGUGGUGGAUUUCUUCAUCAGCGGGUUGGAGUGA